AUGAAAACCAUAACCGACAGAUCCGAGUCAGUGAUCGAAACCUACCGACGAGAUCUAGAAGAAUCCAGGACAGGUAUGAAGAAAGAGAUCGAAGUCGCGCAGGGAUCGCUUGGCACAGUGGGACACGCCUUUGACGAAUUUGGGAACACCGUCUUAAAAAGUACGGCUGAGAUCAUCGCUCAAGGCAAAGAAGCGAUCUUAACGGCUGGUAACGAAUCUGAUUCUUCUGAUAACACUAGUACUAGCUUUGGUCGUCGCGAUAGCUUUAGCCACUCGAAGCCAUAUAGUCGUUUCGAUGCUCAGGUUCGUGCAGUUCAGGGAGAUCUUAGUACUUACAGUGAAGAGCCUGAGGAUUCAGAUGAUUAA